UUAUUGUUUACUCUAGGAAGACUGAGACGAAGACCAACUUCUUCGAAACAACCCCUAACCGCGUUGUUCUUCAACUUCUCCUACACGCUAUUUAACUCGCAGCAACACCAGAAAAGAAAUCCAACGACAAACCUUCCUGUAAACAAGUCUUUUGUUUCUCUCCCCCGAAUCAGAAGUUCAACAGCAAUGGAGGACGCAAUGCACAUAAUCAAUGCGGCCGAGCCAGCUACGUCUUGUUCAGAAUCUAGGGAUGCUGUGGAAUUGAAAGGUGACAGAGACGCUCAAUCAGUUCUCAUCAGCAUAGACUCUGCUGAAAUCCUCCUGGUGCGUCACGGACGAACAGAUUGGAAUGUUGAGAAAAGAAUUCAGGGUCAUCUCAAUGUGGAAUUAAAUGAAGAUGGGAGGCGGCAAGCAUGUGCAGUAGCUGAUAGACUAUCCAAAGAAGGUGAGAUCUCCACAAUUUACUCGUCCGACCUAAAACGAGCUAUCGAGACAUCAGAACUGAUUGCAACUGCUUGUGGUGGAGUGAAGGUUAUCAAAGAUUCAGAUCUACGGGAACAAAAUCCAGGAAAGUUGCAAGGCCUUAAGGAAAAUGAGGCAGCUAAGGUCUAUCCCCAGAUUCAUGAGGCCUAUCGAUCCAGCAGAUGGGAACAAGAAGUCCCGGGUGGUGGUGAAAGUAAGGAACAGGUUUACCAGCGAUGCACGGCUUGCUUGCGAAACAUUGGCCUGAAGCACAAAGGGGAACGAGUAGUUGUGGUCACUCAUGGAACCAUAUUCAGGUGUCUUUACCGGCGGGCUCGCCCGGACGAAACUUGUUUCGGACCGAAGGUAAAGAACGGUUCCAUCAGCAUUUUGCACUUGUUUGGUGGGGAUGACUGGGUCUUAAAGUCCUGGGGCGAUGUUAGCCAUCUCAACAAGAUAGAAGAGAAGCUCUAGCUCUACUAGCAUUUGAGAUAUAUGGUGAGACCUAAACCAGAAGAGUCAUAUCGUCACUCAGCCAAAGCGUGCGAGAGACCUACUCAUUAGAUAUUGCUUGACAAUUGACAAAGACAAGCGUGUCCAGUUACUCAGGCAAUAAAAUUUUCCGUAUUAUUAUAGAAUAUGACACCAUACAUUAGGUGUAAUACGUUUAAGUGCUGAUAUCUAUGUGUUGUAAUUUUCAAUGUGCACUUUCGCGAUUGGUUGUGUUUCUACUGAAAAAUGUUCUGUCUAAGCAAGCAUGACCGUGUUAAUGACCAA